AUGUUGGACUGCAGCGGGUCUCGGCCUCUCCUUCUGGAGUCUGAAGAGGAGGAUGAGAGCUGCAGGCCUCCCCAGGGAAAGCUGGGAGAAGCCACUCUGUUCUCUGAACCUGGAGUGUCUGCUAAGCCAGAAAAGGGGAGACAAGGCGGGAAAAAGAGCCAGUUCUUGCCAGUCAACCAGCAGGCUUCAGAUGGUCUUGGGGAGCCUGAUGUCUUUGCCACAGCCCCCUUCAGGAGCUCACUGGUUCCAGCAGAUGACAUGGACAUUUUCUCCAAAGCCCCUUUUGUCUCCAAGGCCAGUGUAGCUCCUUCCCAAACAGAGGAGAUGGAUGUGUUCUCCAGAGCUCCUUUCACCAAGAAGAAGAGUAUGGAGGAGUUACUGGCCAUGCAAGGCUCCUCACAGGAUUUGCCGGUGCAGGCCAGCCCCAGUCAGCUUGGUGAAGGGCCCCUGCUUCCAGGCCGAGAUAGAGCCAUGUACACCCCUGCCCAGGCGCAGUAUCCUGUGGCUGGCUUUGUACAGCAGUCUGGUGUCCCCUCCCACUCUGUCCAGGUGGCAGACCAUUUUGAUAGCAGCUCUCCCAGAGGAUCUCCCAUGGAAUCUGGGAGUCAUCCUAGUGACAGAAACAGAGGCCUGCAGCCCCAGAAAGAAGCCUUUUCUGGGCCGGUGGGUGUUAAGCCAUUCCGCCCCCAGGCUUUAUCCAAAUAUUCCCGACACUAUAGCCCAGAAGAUGAGUCAAGUCCAGAAGCCCAGCCCAUUGCUGCCUACAAGAUUGUUUCACAAAGCAAUAAGCAGUUGCUAGCUGGCUCUGUGUCUGUCACAUCUCUGUCCUCCAGGACUACAGAGCUGCCCACUGCUGAUCCUUUUGCUUUAGCACCCUUUCCUUCAAAAGCAGGCAAACAGAAACCCUAG